UCCCACUGCCAUGGAGACCAACUUGGAAGCUGGGAGGGCCUUAGUCUCCUCGGGUUGCUCUGAACCAGCGGGCAAGAGGAAGAGGAAGCCAAAGGGACCCCUUUAGACUGGUGGAGUCUAGACCUAAGGGGGGCCAAGCAAGGACCUAAGCCUGGAUCCACCCACCCAUUCCCACACACACACACAUUUCCUGGCAGUGCCAUCCUCCCCAUUAGAUCUCAGCCCUAGAUCCUUCCAUAGCUGGAAAAUCAGAUUGGGGGAAUCAAAGCCCCCACAUCUGUCUCCUCUCUCCUACAGCCAUGUUUAUCAAAGUGAUGUUUGGAGCUGGCUGCUGGGAGCUGGUGAACACCUGGUGCAGCCCCGUGACCCUCAGAGCCCACUUGAGGCAGAGGGGGCAGGUGCCUUCGGAUGCGAUCAUUGCCCUCCUGGCUGAGGACGGGCAUUUGGUGAGUCUGAAUGAGGGACUGGAGGAGGGGACAUCCCCGGCCCCUUCCAUGGGCAGCCCCCUGCUGCAGGAGCGUGGAACCUAUGUCCUCGUGCAGAUCUUCAAGGGGGAGGGUGGGACCCCCACCCGCUAUGAGUCCCUCCUAGAGAACCUGGAUGACCAGUAUCCAGAGCUCGCAGAGGAGCUUCGCCACCUGUCAGGCCUACACCCUGCAAGUGAUGGCCAGAAGAGGCGCACGAGCACUCGACGUGGGAACCAGGAGCAAGGUCCCCUUUCAAGGCCACGAAGGAUGGGCUCCCUGCCAUCCAGGACCCGUUAG